CAUAAUCAUAUAUGCAAUCAACAAUUCAACAUGACACUAGCUUCCAAUCCCAAUUCGCCACGUGACACAUCCACGUAGACGUCGCGAAACUUCUAGUGAACGCGUAAGGAUGCAAAGUCGAUAUAAAUCGUAGCUUAUCAUCCAAUCGCCUCCCUGAAAUUGCUCUUAUAUCGGUCGAGGAAGAAGAAGAAGAAGCCAGAAGAUUACAGCAAUGGCAUACGUCGAAGGAGGUGUUGUUAAAGCUAAGCGAUCAAUAUGGAGACUAAGGACGAUCAAAGAUUUCUUCUUGUCAAUCAUCAACCUGAUACAAGUCUUCUUUAUAACCAUGUUCUCGAUGGAGAAAUCAGAUUCCUACAGGAAAGGCUCUGGGGCUAACAAGAAAUGGGAUGGUGGCCGACCUGGUGGUGGUGGUGGUGGUGGAGGAGGUGGUGGUGGCGGAGGUGGACGCCCUGGACCUCCUCGUGGGGGCCUCGACAAUGUGCGUGGCUUGAAUGAUAUCCGUGGAGCUGACCACAAUUCUCUACCGGCGUGCGGCUCGUGCUGCGGCUGAGCAUGUUUGUGGAGAGCGCCCAAGAAUAAAUGAAGGGAUAUAUAUAGUGUUGAAAUGGUGCUCUGGAAUUUGGGAAAGCCACGAACCAUGAUUCUAAUCAAGCUGUUGUAUUUAGUCACUGGGAAUAUUUGAAGUUGGAAAUUUGCCUUAACUAGUUCAUAAUUUUCAUGCAACAUAAUUAUAUAUUUUGGAUGAAUGAAACCAUUGAAAAGUA